CUCUGUCCUACAUAGUGCGUACAUUAAUAUUUCCUCCCCACUAAAUCUUUGUCAACGGUAUUCAAGUUGCUGCGCAUUGAAAUCUUUCAACGUCUCAUUCUCCCAUCACAUAACACAACCUUCCAUCCCUCAUCCUGAUUGAUACACAUCUUCAUAUCCAUCAUUCUGAUUAACUACAACUCGAUAAUCUGCCAUCCACUUGUCCGACCGGGACACUCUUUCUUUCUUUUUUUCUUUCUUUCUUUCUGCUUUCUUUCUUAACCAAUACCCAAUACCCAAUACCCAACGCCCUGCCUUAUAUGUAUACUACAUAAUCGCAACCUUGCCUAGUACCUACCCGCCGGUAUCUAGCUAUUGAUUCGUUUUAGGUACCUUGCAAAGGCGGAGGACUGCAUGCUUACAUUCACUUACCCUCACGAACUCCUGUUUACCUUUCACAUUACCUAGGUACCUAAGGUAUCUCUCACCUAAGGCACCUCUCACCUACCUAGUACACCAAUAGUGCAGUGCCUGUCUCUUCAGGUAUCUAGGUAUUCUAAUCCACUACAUCGAACCCAUUACUCUCAACAUUUGUUCUACCUUUUCUCAUAAAAAAAUCCUUGCCGAUUCUUUAUCAACAUACACUUAUCACUUGAAUUUCCCUUCUCACCCUCUCAACCUCUUAGCUUCCUGCUGUCUGUCGUUUUGCCAUUUACCCCAUUACUAAUGGAAAGAUGGCGCCGCGACUCACACGAUCAAUGACUUCCAAGCCUCAAAAGAAACAGGCUCAGGAAGUCUCGGAUAGUUCUGACGAUGAUCUACUCGUCGCCACCAUGGGCAAGAAGCCUAAUCGCUCCAGUAAUCACUACGUAGGACGCCCACGCCCGAACUCUACAACUGUCGCAAGCACCUCCGCGUCUUCCGCACCAACCCCCGCCACUAUGGCAACUUCAGACACGGACUACAAUACCCCAGCAACUAGUAAUGCUGUAACGCCGGCUCCAUCUAUCCCAGCCAGGUCCGCCGCGCUAGCAGGUGGACGCCGAUCUCUUGCAGACACUCAACCUUCCCAAGGCUCGAUAUCGAAGGGUCAAGCAUCAAGCACCAUGCCUUCAACUAGAAGAACCCGACGUCGACUAGCCCCGGUCAAUUAUGUGGAUGACUUAGAAGAUGAGGAUCAAUUUGAUGAAUCUUCACCCCACGACAUUUUUCUACCAGGUUCGAGGCUACUACCAUCACGAGGCCAAACUAAUCAGGGUACAUCAACUUCGCAUAACAAGAGAGCCAUUUCGCUCGUCUCCGAUGACGAGGAGGAGUCCUCUUCUGCCUCGGCUCCGCAAAAAAAGAGGUCGAAACUUACCGCCGCCGCCACCACUACUAACAACAAUAACAAUGACAACACUGUGGCUAGUGGUGGCUCUGAUAAUGAAGAGGAUAACGAUACGGUAAUCACUGAUACGGAUUCUGCUAGAAGCACCAUACGUACGAGGGCUGAGAGUGUCGAUAUCGAUAACAUGGACUCUGACGAAAGCCUUGUUUGGUACCGCGGCCGUGGGCCUCAAAUUAUUUCGGGCCGCUCCAGAUUGUGGAAAGCCAAAAGGCGCCUGAAAAGGAAUCACCCAGAAUUUGAAACCAUGUGGACUGAUCUUGAGGAUAUGCCAGGACUCAAGACCGGCAAGGCUGAGCAGCCAAUUACUAUCUCUCGGCAGCUCAAGCCGUUUCAACUUGAAGGACUUGCUUGGAUGAAGGCCAUGGAAGCAAGCAGAUGGAAAGGUGGCUUGCUUGGAGACGAAAUGGGUUUGGGAAAGACUAUACAAGCAGUCUCCCUUAUCAUGUCGGACUAUCCGGCCAGGAUACCGUCAUUGGUUCUCGUGCCACCCGUGGCUUUGAUGCAGUGGACGAACGAGAUUGAAUCUUACACUGGCGGACUCCUCAAGACGCUGGUGUUUCACGGAACCAAUCACAAAGCUAAGAAGAUGUCGAUUAAAGAACUUAAGAAGUUCGACGUCAUCAUGAUGUCUUACAAUACCCUGGAGUCCAUGUAUCGCAGACAGGAGAAGGGUACAAAGAGAAAGGAGGGUACUUACAAGGAGAAAAGUGCCAUUCAUCAGAUGAGAUUUCAUCGUGCCAUUCUCGAUGAAGCCCAUUGCAUCAAGUCCAGGACUACAAUGACUGCCAAGGCAUGUUUCGCCCUUAAUGUCGAAUACCGUUGGUGCUUGACAGGAACCCCAUUGCAGAACCGCAUCGGCGAAUACUUUUCACUUCUUCGAUUCCUCCGAAUCACUCCGUUCGCAUCGUACUUAUGCAAGAAUUGCCCUUGCUCUACGCUGGACUGGUCAUCAACUGACGAUCACGGCAGAUGCCAGGCGUGCAAUCAUCAUAUUUUGCGUCACAUUUCGGUUUUCAAUCACCAACUUUUGACGCCUAUCAACAAAUAUGGCAAUGCAGGUAAAGGAAGGCGGGCGUUACAGAAGCUUCGCCUUCUGACUGACCGAAUCAUGUUACGUCGCCUUAAAAAGAACCACACUAAUGCCAUGGAGCUUCCUGUAAAGGAGAUCUACGUGGAUCGACAAUUCUUCAGUGAGGUAGAAAAUGACUUUGCCAACAGCAUCAUGGGCAAUGGUCAGCGACAGUACGACACCUAUGCAGCACAAGGUGUUUUGCUCAAUAAUUAUGCCAACAUUUUUGGCUUGAUUAUGCAGAUGCGUCAGGUAGCAGAUCACCCUGACCUGAUCUUGAAGAAGAAAGGCGAGGGUGGUCGGAAUGUGUUGGUCUGUUGUAUCUGUGACGAGCCAGCUGAAGAGGCAAUUAGAUCCGGAUGCAACCACGACUUCUGUCGCUCCUGCGCAGAUAGCUACGUCAACUCCCAAGACACGCCGGAUUGUCCGCAAUGCCACAUCCCGCUCUCCAUUGAUCUUGAGCAGCCGGAGAUGGUUCAAGAUGUCGCGCUUGUCAAGAAGUCUUCCAUCAUUAACCGUAUCAAGAUGGAGGAUUGGACAUCGUCAUCAAAGAUUGAAUUGCUUGUGCAUGAACUUCACAAGCUUAGAUCGGAUAACGCGUCUCAUAAAUCGAUCAUCUUCUCCCAAUUCACGACGAUGCUACAGCUAGUCGAGUGGCGGCUACGACGGGCUGGGAUCACUACAGUGAUGCUUGAUGGAAGCAUGACCCCGGCUCAGCGACAGGCAUCGAUAGACCACUUCAUGGGUAAAGUGGACGUGGAAUGCUUCCUCGUGUCGCUAAAGGCGGGCGGCGUGGCCUUGAAUCUCACAGAGGCAUCCCGGGUCUUCAUUGUUGACCCGUGGUGGAACCCAGCUGCAGAGUGGCAGUCGGCUGACCGAUGUCAUCGCAUUGGACAGACACGUCCAUGCAUUAUUACGCGACUUUGCAUUGAGGAUUCGGUAGAGAGUCGCAUGGUGCUGCUUCAAGAGAAGAAGACUAACAUGAUCGACUCUACAGUCGAUGCGGACGAUGCCUCAAUGGAAGCUCUGACAGCGCAGGACCUUCAGUUCCUCUUCCGAGGCACUUAGGCGCGAACGGCCUUGGUUCAUGAAGAUGUGCAUCCUCUCCCCUAUUGGAAGACAAUGAAACAGCCGAGUCAGAUAGGACCAGAAGCAAGAGACGUGACCCCCUAUAAUACGGUUUGCCCUUUUAGGGGGGUUUGAGUUGACCUCGUAUGGCUCAAGUCAUUGAUGGGUUCGGGUAAUGAGCAUUGCAGGUAC